UUCUGGGAGUUUCUGAGGUCAUGUUAGCAGCUUCCUAUUGGUCUCUCCUGGCCCCGGCCGUUGAGAUGGCCACGUCCUCCGGGGGCUUUGGUGCCUUUGCCUUCUUCCCCGUGGCCAUUGGCUUCACCCUCGGAGCUGCUUUUGUCUACCUGGCUGACCUCCUGAUGCCUCACCUGGGUGCCACAGAAGACCCCCCGACGGCCCUGGCACUGAACUUCGCCCCUGCAUCGAUGAAGAAGUCUGACACUGAGGGUCCCAGGCUGCUCUUCCCAGAGAGUGAACUUUCCAUCCGGAUAGGUAGAGCUGGGCUUAUUUCAGACAAGAGCGAGAACGGCGAGGCCUAUCAGAGGAAGAAGGCGGUGGCCACCGGCCUUGCCGAGGGCCCUGCCUCACCGGUGCCUCCUCGAGGGAACCCGGCGCAGCCUGGCAGCAGCAGCUGGAGGAGGAUCACCCUGCUCAUCUUGGCCAUCACCAUCCACAACAUUCCAGAGGGUCUUGCCGUCGGCGUUGGGUUUGGGGCUGUAGGAAAGACGGCAUCAGCCACCUUCGAGAGUGCCAGAAACCACGGGAGUGAUCCAAGCCCCAAGAUGAUGUAUGUAUGUGUGCAUCCAGCGAAAGAACAAAACGCCACCCAAACAAUCCUCUCCCUUGUGAAAUCAGAGGUGUGAGGCUGACCUGGGGAGGUGCUCCGAGCCAAGAAAGAAGGAUAAGAAAGAAGGCCUGGAAAAGGGCAGCGGCUAAGGGCCGCUCUUCCUCACUCCCACUUGCCACCAGGAAGCUGGGGGGAGCCAACGUACGCCAUUGGGACCUCUCAAAGUACCCGGCUAAUAUGGGACCAUCUCUUAAGAGGCAAGAGCUCUGGCUCUGAUUAAGAAUUCUUAUUUUGGAGAAAGAAGAAACUUCUGGAUUUAAGACAUUGGAAGAGAAAGUAAAGACCUUUGCACUGAGGAAUAGUGUAUGUCUGGACCCGCACGAGCUGGACGCAACCUACAGUUGACGAGUCACCAUCAUCACAGACCUUGUCCUUCCUUCUUGUGGAAAACAUUUCCUCUUCUGCUGCCUGCCCUUAAGACUCCCCCGCACCCCCCAGCCCAGUGCCCGGGAACCAAAGGGCUUUCUACCACACCCUUUCUUGCCCCCCAGUUCCCCCGUCUGCUGUGCCUUUGGCUCGGCAAUUCUUGUUUGCUCCAUUAUCUUCCAGCCGGAUACAGAGUGAAUUGUUAACCACACUUAGGUCAAAUGGGAUUUUAAUUUUUGUUCCUGUUCCUUCUAAAGAGGCCAGUGUUUGUGUUGCUAUGUGAGCAGCAUUGGAAUAGAAUGUCCUCUCGCUUCUUUGGGAUCUGGCCCCUCAGGUUCCAGAGUGAUACGGGUCAGUGCAGAAGUUCUUCGGGACCUCAGAUGUCAGGGAUGUUGCGGGGGGGGGCCUCCUGUAGGGGCUCUGGUGUCCUCCAUGUCAGCUUUCUUUGCUUGGAUCCCACCCAGAUGUUUGUCCGGAAGAGCAAAAAGUGAAUGCUGUGUGUUCAUCCCCGCUAUCUGCUCUUUUUUUUUUUUUUUAAUGUCAUUUGAUGUAUAAUUGACAGAGUGUUCUGUCCAUUUCCCACCUGUCUUCUGUUGACGCAGAUGCACCACCAGCUGUGAAGACCCCUUCCCUCAGAUGGCAGAUGGGGCCCCUGCCAGAGCAUGGGGCUUUGUCACAGACCAUCUCGCUACCAGAGCUGGUGUGUUUAUUGAAGACCCUCUGCCCCUCGGAUGCUGGUGUCACUCCUGACGGCAGACCGGGCCCCUCGAAACACGAGUCCUGUUUGUUUCGUCCCUCCAGUGCCACCGUGCACGUGGCUGAAAACACUUCUAGAGUCGACCUUGUCUCACUUGCAGAGCCGAAGAUGUCCGUUCGUUCUACUUCUAAAGCAAACGAUGGCUUGCCUUUGUAGGAGGAAUUAAAGCCAUACACAUAUAUCUUCUCUUUGUUUGUGGGUGAAGUGUUUCUGUGACCAUAGAAUGACCUCAGUGUCUGCUCAGGGGAGCAACGGGGUCCUUCUUGGCCUCAGAUUCCCCACAAAAUAAGCGAGGAGAACCUCUUGAGGUCGUUUCCUGCUGUUGAAAUGUAAGACUCGUUCGUGGGCUUUGGUCUUCCUUCCUUGACAUGCACACAGACUUGUCGUACUGGUUAGAGUCUUUCAGGUUUCAAGGAACAGAGACCCCUUAGAUCACCUGCAUUAACGUGGAUUUAUUCCAAGUUGCUCUGGAAGUAAGGUAGACAGGAACGGUCUGCCCAGCAGCUGCCCAGCGAGGCCUUUCUAGAAGCCCAAAGUCAUUCAAGACAUCCAUUCGCUAGACAGUUUCCAGAAACAGCAAGAACUCUGACGCUGUGGUCAUUUUGAUCAUCUGCUCAGCAGCACGACUCACUGCUCCUGAUUCUGGAAUUCUCCUGUGAUGAUGAGCUGAGGGUGCUGGCUGUCCCAGAACACACGACUUUCCGUGAUAAACCUGGGACAGUCCUGGGCAAACCGGAACAGUUAGCCAUGCUCCUGGGUUACAGAGUUACCUGCCAUAGUUUGCUGAUGCUCUUGAUUAGCCCAACCAGCUGCCAUUCAGAACCCUUGUGUCUGACCACAUUGUUCACCACUGGGCAGGCUGUAGAUGGAGGCCAUUGGAUCAAGCACCCAGUCCUGACCACAUCAGGUGUUUCCCGGGUGGUAGGGUUACAUGAUAUUGAAUAAAAACCUGGAUGUAACAAACCAGCUGAGACCACUUCCUUCAGAAGAAGUGCUGUGGAUAGUGGACCUGGGAGCCAUUCAAGGUAUCAGGGAUUCCUCUCCAAUCCAGUCCUACUUAAAAAAGGCGAUGCUAAUAACCUUUCUUGUUAAGAACAGAACAGUUCCUUAGGAAAGAAAACUACCAUGGCCACUGGGAACGGGGGUGGUGGUGGGGGAACAAACUACACGUGUCUGAGAGACACGCAUGUACCACGUAGAAUGAGCCAAGAAGAAAACUCUGCAUCUUCGCUAGAGAGAGUAAGAGCUAAAAUCAUCGGGGUAGGGUUGUCUAGGGAGCAAAGGAGUUGGCUGGAGGACUUCCUGAGAUUCCUUUGAACUCUAGGAUUCUUUGAAAUAUCAAGAACACGUAAAUGGGGCCCAAGUGUGUACUUUCCCUCAGAGUCUCUGGAUCACCUUUGAGUUCCACUCCGAUCGUGUUGAAUGGGACCUCCCAGCUCCCUCUUCCCUCUCCAGGCACUGCCUCUAUCUGGGAUAAGGGAGCAGAACUUGGUGGUGGUCGUGGGCGGUGGAGGCAGAUGGGAAGGUUGUACCUGCCCAACUUUUGGUGUUCUUGACAAGUAAGAACAAUCUGAAGGCAAAUUACAGGUACUUUUCAGGUUAGUCAAAGCCAGGCUUUCGGGCUUGCAUGCCAUCCAGUAGCUGUUGCUUCUUGUCAGGGGGUCAGGCUUCCGUCGUUUCUGUUGAAAGACGGGCAUGAGCGUCUGCAGUGUUCUAACGGGAGCCUUCAGCCCGUCCCGCCCCUCUUGCACGCUGUGGCCAUAUGGGGGGUUAUUGCCUGCCAAGGUAGAGAUGAGCAUGCAAACAUCGAGAAACCCAACUCUCAUUACCACCAUGCAAAGAUCGAGAUCCCCCAUGCACCCGAGUCUUUGCCCCUGUUCUGGCUCUCUGUGCCUUCACUGUCAUAGAAGGAAGGCUAGCCCAGCGCCUUGGGCACCACUUUUCUUUUUAAAAAGAUGAACUCAUUUCAGACGUUCCCUUCAUUCAUGUCCCAUGUACGGUCUUUGGUUCCAGAAGAAGUCUCAUUGUUGUGCCAAAGGCAACAAUCUCCUCUUUCUCUCUCUCUCCUUAUCUUCUUGUCCACAUAGAAUCCCAGAGUUCAAAGUGGUCUAAAGGCAUCACCUUUAUCUAGAUUUACCUCUGACUGAGGCAGGAAUCCCCUUUCCAGCAUCAGACGAGGGAUCACCCAGGCCUGGGGGAGGCAGACUUUAUGGCAGAGCGGGAGAGGACUGUGAGAGAGGGGUGAAUGAUACUCAGCCUGGUAAGGGAAGCGGUAGGAUUGUGAAGAGCGGCUCGUGGGCUGCCUAGAGACCACGAAUGUCAGCUUCUUAAUGAGAUUUUGAGGCAGGUGCACUGUGCCCCCUCCCCAGCAUAUUUCGGUCUCUUCUGGAUCCAGGGUGCCUUCCGCUGAUAAAAAGCACAGAGUGGGGAGACAAGGAAAUCUGAGAUUUUUGUCUCCAAAAGCUCCUCAUCUUCGUUCCUUCCCUGCAAAAUGGAGGAGCCGGGCCACGUGAUCCCCGAAGCCCCUUCUGUCUCUGACAUCCACAGUGCCGUCGUAUUUAAUCAAGUCGGUGACUUGAAGGUUUGCUUGUUUUUUGCUCCAUGUGAGAAGAGUAAAUCAGAUGUUGCCCAAGGUACGGUAGAAAGGCAUUUCAUCCACAUGCUGAACAUACUCAUCUUGCUGUGAUCCAUUAUGAACAUAACCUCAAGUUAGGGCCCUGUCCCGAGAUUUUGUUCAGGCUUUCCUGUGAGAUUUUCCCGUGGCAUCAAAACUUGACCCACAGGGACCUUUUAUCCUUUUCAGAGGGUCCCCAAAACCCCAGUGUUGAUGGAGAAAUAGAAGGUUCUAAUGGUGAAGUAUGGCCCUCUGCUCAGGGGAAUAUGGUUUAAAGGGCAUAAGGGUGACCUUGGGAUUGGCCACUGACCUUGGACAAGACCCUCAACGCCGGGCUGGUGGGAGGCAGGGCUGGGUCCCCCUAGCUCUGCUUCCGAGUGAGACCUUCUAUGCCCAGGCUGACAAGAGCUCUGAACUGGGGAGGGGAAGGGGGUGUCUGGAAGUCUGUACUUUAGUCCUACCUUAACUUCAGCCCCAAGGUCCUUUUCUGUGGGUCUCAGUCUUCUCAUCCACAAAGUGGGAGAGAGAGGGAUAAGUGGGUGGUGUGGAUGGUCCUCUAAGGUCCCUCCCAUGUGUCAAGUUCUAAGCCUCGCCAGACCCAGCUGAGGCCUGCCUAUUCUCUGACAAGUAGCUCUUCUCCUUUUGCCUUCGGCUGCACAAGCCAAAAACAGGGCUGUCCUGGGAAGUCCAUUACCAAAGAAUACUUCAAAGCUGUUUGCACUCAUUGUCAGUUGCACUGAACUUGAGUUUGUUGAGGGAGAAGGCAAAUAGACAUACAGACUGAUGGCAGGCACGGGGAAGGGGGACUGCUAUUUGCCUGGGGUGAUGGGGGGGCAGGGGGGAUUGCCUAUAGUUUUGACCAAUAAAUAAAAACUGGGAGCUCUGCGUGGUUACAACUGGAGGGGAUUUAUUAGUUUGCUUAGUGAAAGGCAAAUAUUAAGUCUUAAGUUGACCCAUCCUGGGACCUGCCUUUUGGCUUUUGUAUGCCGUCCGGCACCGAUCACUGUGUACUUCGGGUUAUCAAGUUCUGUCAGAGGGUUUUUUUUUUUUUUAAUUGUUUUCCGUCUCCUUCUCCUUUCUUCCCUCCUUUGCCUGCCUUCGCCCCGCUGU